AUGGGUGAACAAGUUCACAAUACCAACUUUGUAUUCAUCAAUUCUAGCGAUCCCUUAAUGCCGAGUCAAGUGAUCAACGACACAAAACCAUUUAUCCGACUUCCUUUUCCACCUAUCAUUGAUCCACAUGACCUUAUCACAUUUUCAAAGGGAAGUUGCACUCCUUCUCGAGCUCCCAAUGCAUUCAUAAUCUACCGGAAAUUAUUCAUUAAAACUGCAAAGAGUGAGGGAUACACUUUACCAAUGACAGUAAUCUCCUCGAUGGCUUCGAAAUCUUGGGAACAAGAACCGGAAAUUGUAAAAGUAGAAUAUAAAAGGAUUGCGAAGGAAGCAUUUGAAUACCGUAAUGAAAUUUAUCCUAAGGUCAAACGUGGAGGAAAGAGAAAAACCUGGAAUGUGAUUAGUUUUGAUCACAAAUCUGAUACAUCGGUUCGAAAGAAUGAACUCUGUAAAUCGAUCAAUAAUAGAUCAGUGGAAAUUCAACAGAAAACAGAUACACCAAUUUCAUUUCCAGAUUUUGAAUGUCCAAUUUUAAAUCUUGAUGUAUUACCUGAUUUGACAGACUAUAUUUAUCCUAGUCCGGAUCUGACGGUUUCUAGUGGAUUUAGCUCUCCUGACAUAAAUAACUUCAACUCCCCAACAAUGUCGCUUGAAAACUCUGAAAAUUAUUGCAUCGAUUCUCCAAUUCAAUCGGAAAUAUUCAGCUCUUCAGAUAUGAGUGAUGAAUUCAUAAUCAAUUCUCCAACAAUAUCACUUGGAAACUAUCAAACCGACUCUUCCGACAUGAACCUUCGGAUCAACGAUUCAUCACUCAUCGGUUUUCUCGAAAAUCAAUUUGGUCUUGGAAUUUUCGAGCCCGAGAAUGUUAAUGAAACCAUUGAGGAACAUAAUGAUUCUUCACUAUUGAAUGGAAUUUCAAAUGACGUUGCUCAGUC